UGUAUUACCAAGAGGUGCACGCUGCAGCCACGCAAUUUCGAUAGUCACACCAAACAAGCGGGGAGAUACCCUAAGGAGCAGGCGGAACUGGUCCCUGCAGGGAGCUGCUUUCCCGCCUCUGCUCUUCGUCGGGAAGGGCAACUGGGCGUCGACCCACCCAGCGGCCUGAUCUGAUCUAGCGAUAGAGGUCUGCUGCCCACAUCGGACCAGUGUAGACUCGAACGAGGCUUGCACCGGGACAAGAGUCGACGACAGCAGGUCAUGUCGGACCCAUACGGGCGCCCGGCUGUGGUGAUCGACAAUGGUACCGGCUACACCAAGAUGGGAUACGCCGGAAAUGUAGAGCCGCAGUACAUCGUGCCCACUGUUGCCGGGUUCAAGGCAUCGCAGGGGGGGCUGGAGGGCAAGCGAGAUGGCCUCGAGGACUUGGACUUUUACAUGGGGAAUGACGCGCUCAAGCACAGCACCACACACCAGAUCUCCUAUCCCAUCCGGCACGGCCUAAUCGAGGACUGGGACAACAUGGAGCGCAUGUGGCAGCAGUGCCUGUUCAAGUACCUCCGCUGCGAGCCCGAGGAGCACCACGUGAUGCUCACGGAGCCCCCGCUCAACACCCCCGAGAACAGGGAGUACACCGCGGAGAUAAUGUUCGAGACGUUUGGGGUACCCGGCCUGUACAUCGCGGUACAGGCAGUCUUGGCCCUCGCGGCUUCUUGGAGCGCGAAAUCGGUCGCCGAGCGCACCCUCACGGGCACGGUGAUCGAUGCCGGUGACGGUGUCACGCACAUCAUCCCCGUAGCGGAGGGAUACGUCAUCGGCAGCUGCAUCAAGCACAUCCCGCUCGCUGGAAGGGAUAUCACUCAGUUCAUCAUGGAGAUGCUGAGGGACCGGAAGGAGCCUAUCCCGCCGGAAGACUUGCUCGAUGCCGCGAGGCGCAUCAAGGAGCAGCACUGCUACUGUGCGCCGGACCUGGCGAAGGAGUAUUCAAAGUACGACAAGGACCCCAGAAAGUUUUUCCGCAUGUACACCGGCAAACGGAAAAGCGGGAUGGAGUACUCGGCGGACGUGGGGUACGAGCGGUUCCUCGGUCCGGAAAUGUUCUUCUCUCCGGAGAUCGUGUCGUCCGACUUCUUGACGCCGCUGCCGCAGGUGGUGGACGAGGCAAUCCUCAAGUGUCCCAUCGACUCGCGGAGAGGCCUCUACAAGAACAUUGUGCUGUCGGGAGGGUCGACCAUGUUCAAGGACUUCGGCCGGCGUCUGCAGAGAGACAUCAAGAGGAGGGCCGACGCUAGGAUGGAGGCGAACCGCCUCAUCACCAUGAAGGCGGGUCUGAAGGAGGUUGUCCAGGCGUCGGCGAUCGAGGUGAACGUCAUCGGACACGCCUUGCAAAGGUAUGCCGUGUGGUUCGGCGGGAGUUUGGUGGCCUCAGGGCCGGAGUUCUACCGUGUCUGCUGCACGAAGGCACAGUACGAUGAGGAGGGCCCAAGGAUCGCAAGGCACAACCCUGUCUUCACAGCGCAGUUCUAAUGGAAAAGAUUUUGCGGUGGAUCGAAAGGAGGCACCGGUGGUGGACAGGGGUGACCCGGAUGGUCUUCCCGUGGGUGGUUAUUCUUGCCCCGGCGUGUCCCUGAAGGCUCUUUUGUUCCUGUCGUAUUUGACCUGUGUGGUGCUUCUGUGUUGGCAUAUCCUUCUGAUGGCACGCAUUCCCCACAGCAGUGUCUAGUAAGUGUUGUAGAGAAAGUUAGCAGCGUAAAAAAUGCCGGCAUUUGCCGGCAUUUACUGCUAGGUUUCCCCGCGAAGGUAUUUCGGUGAACGGUUUAUCUCGAGGCGGUCGCGGCCUUACGCCGCGUACCCUUGUUUGCCAUUGUGUCUGUCGAUCCUGGGGUCGGUAUUUAGAUUUGAACAGGCUGGUGGUUGCAUUCAUGUUGGCUUUCCGGGCGCAGAAAAUAAAUGGGCGUGGAGUCGUCCUGACGGACGCGCAGACUGCUUCGAUGAUUCACUGCAGACGACAUGGUAAUUUGCAUCGCAUCGAGAGACCGAGCAAAGUGGGUGCAUCGGGAGUCCCGCAUCGGCACAGGGUCUCCCGAGUGCAUCGCCCGGUGGAGUCGAGCUACAUCGAAGCGCACGUGCAUACAACCUUCGCACCGCUACGUCGACACGCAUAUCCUAAAUCACGCCAUGGUGAUCAUCGAUUUUUUUACUUGGAAGGCCAUGU